GACACGUGCGAGUCAACGCUGUAGUGCGCCAGUGGCCAGGAGAUGUGAAGAGCGCUGCACCAAAUUUUGCAAUUCGGACAACACUCAGAUCGCCCUAUGCUGAUUUAAAGACAACCUACGAACUAUCACAAAGCUCUUCGAAGGUGAAAGCGAUAUAUUUUUCUUAAUUUUGCGCUGAACGAUGAGUGGCUGGAGUGACGAUGUAGCAGAUGCAUGGUCAUGGAAUGCCAGGUUUUGGUCAGCAAUGCAAGAGAGCAGGGCGCUGACGAUGAUGCGGGAGUACGUAGUUCAUGAGGUGAACGCCAUUCUGUGGGCGCUGUUGAUUAUUGUCACGGGCCUUCUACUCCGAAGAGUGUGGCGCCUCCUUCGCUUUUGGGUGCGGGGCAGCCGCUUGCCCGGUCCUCCUUUGAAUGCCCUCGCCCGCAACAAGGGAUGCGAUGCCCUCGAUCAAUUUACUGCUUUUCUUGGUCAAGCACAUAAGGACUACGGCUCUGUGGUUAGGGUGUGGCUUGGUCCUACUCAGCUUCUUGUGUCUGUUAAGGACCCUGAGCUAAUACAGCAUCUGCUUGUACAAGCAAAGGAUCGGUUGCCACUUACUGGAAAGGCCUUUCAGCUUGCAUUUGGGAAAAGCAGUUUAUUUGUCUCUUCCUUUGCACAGGUACAGAGUAGACGGAUUUCUCUAGAACGGCAAUUAAAUGGGAAAUUUCUGGAAAGGGUACAUUCAAUCUCUCUGAAAGUUGUAGACCGAAUCAAGCAAUGGGCAGAUGUGGGUCCUUCUGGCUUGGAACUGGAUUGUAAAACAGCCUCACAGCACAUGGCUUUCUCAAUUCUUGGAGCUACUCUUUUUGGGGAUGGGUUUCUGAUCUGGCCUGCUGCCAGAGAGUUUGAAGAUCUGCUUAUGAUGAUUGCAAAGGAGUGUUGCUUCUGGGCAACCUACAAUGUUUUACCACUAUGGAAUAAAAACUUUCAGAGGUAUAAAGCAACAUGUUUGAGGCUGCAAGACUUAACCAAACACAUGAUUCAGGAGGGUAAGAAUCAACAUCGUAAUGUAAUAGAAUCAUAUAACAAGAUAGAAAGUGCAAACAUUGAUGCUGGGAUUGCAGCUGGAUAUGGAGGAACAAGUGGAGAGUUUGUUGAGGAUUUAAUUGCUGGAAUUAUAUCGUCUAAAGAUUCCUCUGGUAAUUUGAAUUUAUCAGAGGAAAUUCGUGGUGAUAUAAUGGGUAUGAUGUUUCAUGGUUGCCUGACAACAACAGGCAUAAUAAGCGGUGUGCUUACAAAACUUGCACAGCAUCCAGAAGUUCAAGCCAAGGUGUAUCAAGAGAUUGUGUCUAUUUGUGGGAAGUCAGCAACACCAAGUUUUACAGAUGUGCAGAAAAUGCAUUUUCUUCUGGCAACCAUUUAUGAGUCUGCUCGGCUUUUACCUGCUGGACCAUUGCUACAACGAUGUUCCCUAAAGCAUGAUAUGAAAUUGACUAAAGAAAUCACUGUACCAGCUGGAGCUAUUUUGGCUGUCCCAAUACAACUUGUACAAAUGGAUGCUUGUAAAUGGGGUGAUGAUGCGGAGAUUUUUAAUCCAGAUCGUUUCUUGAAACAAAAAACAGUGAAUUCAGAUUCUUGUAAAAUCAAAGGAGAUUCACAUAAAGCCGUCGGCUUAACCGAACAAGGAGAUACAGAUCUUGUUGAGAAUUCUGAUGGUCAAAGUGCUGGGAGUGAUUUUAAGGAUCCAGAUAUUAAUUAUUCUUUUCUCCCUUUUGGCUCUGGUUCUCGGGUCUGUGUUGGCAAGAGAUUUGCAAGUGUUGAAAUGACAGCACUUCUGGCAUCACUGCUUCAACGUUAUGAGAUUAAACUUGGUCCUGAUUCUGACAUGGACCUGAAGCCAAAGAUUGAAAACUUCACUUUGCAACUGUUUCCAAGCCCCAAACUCAGUCUUGUGCCCAGAGGUUUCUGAAGAAGGGAAAGCAGGGAAUUUGUGCAAUAUUUUUGGUUCCUUGCCACAAGAAAUGCUGUUGGGUGUUUUAAAAUCCAGGAAGUAGGUGUUUAAAAUGGUGGUAGCCAUUUGUCAGGGUAAUAUUGUAUAUUGUGUUUUUUUCCAUUUUGAUUGGCAUUGUGUAUAAUUCUGAUGGUACAAGGCUAGAUUGCUCUUCCGUUUUUUUCUCUACUUGGCAUUGUCUCUCUUAGAACAUGCCGAAUAGAGUUGUGCAGAAGAUGAUUUGAUCCUGUCCAAUCUUCAGCAUGUACCAGUUUGAUAGCCUGUGAAAGGUUCUCUUCCUAUGUUUUUAUUCCAAGUUUUUUCUCCUCACUAAUGGAGUUAAAAUGUAUUCUAGAUUUCUAUCUGUGAUAUAAUAAUAAUAAUUGGACUUUCUUCA